UCUCCACUCAUAAUUGCACUGGAUAAAGGUCAUUAUAGCAUCUUCAAAGCCUUACUUGAAUCAGGAAAAUUCGACCACGAUGCUACAGAUGCUGGUGGGCGGUCCGCCUUGGGGUACGCCGUGCGCAGGCGAAAUUACGAAGCUGUUCGGCUUCUUAUCGAAUCUGGUGUGGACGCGGGCAGACAGGAAGCUGCCGGCAUCACGCCUCUGAACAUGGCUGUAGCUCAGGGAGAUGAAGAUAUAGUACGAGUGCUUCUG